UAUAAAUGGAGAAAAGUCAACCAGAUCAGUGGGAUUCAGAGCACUUAACAGAAAGCAUGGCCAAAAUUUACUUGAAUAAAGAGAAUGAUCUUGACGAACAAGAAGAGUCUGAAAUUAUCUCCCAUGCUAAAGACAGGAACCACAGUCUCUCAGACACAAUUUACAAGGAGAUGGAAGAGAAAUAACAUAAUGAUCAGAUCAGAAGACUUAAAGUGCAAUGAAGAUUUAUUAGUUAUAUGGGGGUUCAGAUUUCCAACAGCAAAAAUUGAGUCAAAACAAGCUAUUCACCAUGCCCUUCUUUUGAUUAACAACAUGGCUAUAAAGGGGAAUUUUAGAAUUGUGUACUUCCAUACUGGGGUAAAAGGAGCCGGAGAGAAAAUACCAUCAUUGUUAAAAAAAAUCUGAAAGAAAAUGUCUAAAGAUAUGAGAUCGAAUCUGACUUCAAUUGAUAUACUUAAUGGGAAUUUUAGCUUAAAGUUAUCCCUCUUCUUCUUUGAUAAAUUCAGUUUCACUGAUUAUAAGAUCAAUUUCAGGCAAAAUGAUUAUGAAUGGCUAGAUAUUGAGCAGAAAACAUUUAUUCUUGGGUCUCAGCCUGAAGAAAUCAAACUUUUUGAGGCUAAGAAAGACUCGGCAGAAGUCUCCUCUGUGGUUGGAGAUAAGAAAAUUAUUAGAAAAGAUGUUGUCUCUACUUCUGACUCAAAGUAUAAAGAUUUUGAUGUUACAAAUGCAAUACAAACCUAUGAUAUUCUCGGGAAACAUCUUUACGAAUUUCCAAAAUCAGAAGGAGAGAUAAUCCCAGAUGUAUUUACAACUAUCUUCAGUUAUUUUCACAGCAAUGAGGAAUUCAUGAAAGCUGAAGGAGUCUUUAGACUUGCUGGUUCAAAAGAUAAAUUGAAAGAAAUAGAGAAAGAAAUAUACCAAGGAAACUAUUUCUAUCUCACAGAGGUAGAUGACCCUCUAACUGUUGCAGUCUUAUUAAAAUAAAAUUCUAAGAGAGAUGGGAGAACCUCUUUGAACUUUUGAAUACUAUAUCCAAUUCAAAGAUAUAAAUGAUGAAACUUGUCUCUGACAAGAAGAGAAGGUAGAAAAGGCAUAUGGGCUGAUAGAACAACUUCCUGAAUUGAAUAGAGAUACUUUCAAAGAACUACUAUCCUUCCUCUAUAAUGUGUCACGAUUUGAAGAAUUUAAUAAAAUGAAGGCAAACAAUUUGGGAAUAGUAUUUGCACCAAACUUGUUUAAAGCUUAUGAAGUGACCCCUAAUGAUAUGAUUUAUGCGCAGGUACUUGUAAAGACAUUAACUCUGAUGAUUACAUAUUAUCCGCAGUACGCUUAG